AUGUUUCGCGCAUAUGAACCAGUAUCUGAAGACAUUGUACUGGAAUGGCAGAGCUUCACUGAACUAAACAAUUGUUCUGAGGUUCUACCAUUUAUGCAAGAGCAGUUGUUCACCAGUGGCGGUGAACUUGCUUUGCUCAUGUAUUCACCGCUUAGACCUCGAUGUUCACUCGAAAAGUUUUACAUUCUUGCGCUCAAUAAAGCUUCGAAUCACCCGAAUUCCACAGCCAUAGCGCUGGAGCUCAGUUUCUGGAAUCGAAACAAUGAGAAGAGUAUUUACUACGAUAACCUUAACAUGACUUUGUAUUAUCAUAGCAAGAGCUUAACUUCACCAAUUGGGAAUACAUCUAUUCCACGAUUUUAUCAACAACAUAGCCAUACAAAACAUCAUAUUGAGAUGAUUCAAACUUCUGGGGUACCUUGGAAGGAUGCCAAAAUGAAGGUUUCAAAUGGAAGUGCGGCCGUAUUUCGAGUCUAUUUGACAAUGAAUAUAAGGUAUUCGAAUGGGAUAUGGAAGUCAAGAAGACACGAGCUAAGUUUAGGAGUUAAUGUUACUGUCAAUGAUCAGGGAAUGAAGUCUGUCAACAGUAGCUUGAGGUUGUUGGCUGUCUAA